AAGCCAACUAACUUGGUUAGCCGCCCCUCCUCUUGCGCUAUAGGCACUGUACAGUACAGCAUACCUGGCUCAUAGGUCGCACGAUUGAUGAGCCGGAGCGGCAGUGUUAGUCGCUCCUUCCCCAUCCCCGUUCCGUCCAUCAUGAUGAUCCGCAGCACAGACCGCGUCGAACCCCGCUCAUCAGUGAGCCGCCUCGCAUCCAGCAUUCCAGGUCGCUCAUCGGCUUUCAUUUCAUUCAGUUCCGUCCAGCUCAGCUCAUCAAGUUGAAGCAGUCACAAGCAUCAAAUGCAGCGCGAACCGCCUCCGACGCACCUGCGGCCCCGACGCACGCGCAGCAACGUCUGCAGCGAGUGCCGCCGGCAGAAGCAAAAGUGCGAUCGGCAGACACCAUGCGGCAACUGCGUGCGGAGAGAGGUCGUCCACCUGUGCCAGCUUCCGCUUCCGCCGCCGCCGCCGCCGCCGCCGGGGCCGAACCACCGCCGACGAACCGCCCCGGCGGCCCGUACGCGUCCCCAACAAGAUACGCCGUCCCGAGACGGUCGGAGGAGGAGGCUCAUCAACGUGUCGCCGACGUACCACCAGCAGCAGCAACCCCCGUCGCGAUCAAGGGCAAGCAGCGCCGAUUCUCCCCACGUCGGCCGCCUCUGGAACACGCGCGGCGCCAAGUCGUACCAUGGCAGCUCCUACUUCGGCCACCAGUCCGCCGCGUCCAUCAUGGACAUGGAGAGCCCCGAGCUGCCCGUCGGCAUCAGCGGGAUCCACGCCAACAGCUCGCGACGCGACAUCAGCCGCAAUGAAAAGAGCCCCCACGACCACAUCUGGGAGCUUGUCGGAUACCUGCCGCGCCGAAAGGCCGUCGUCGACCAUCUGGUGCAGCGCUAUCUCGACGAGCUGAACCCGGUGCACGACUGCGUGCAGCCCGACGACUUUCGCGCCACCUACGACGCCUUUUGGGACCGCAAAUGGGGCGACGACGACCUCACGACCGUCGACCUCCGGUGGCUCGCGCUCUUGUUCAUGGUGCUGGCCUUUUCCGAGAUGGUCGACUGCCCCAUGGAUGCGUCUCCCGAGACCCAGGAACGCUGCGAGGAGAGGUCCAUCCAGUACUUUUGGGCCUCUCGAAAGGCCAUUGUGCUCGCCCCGACCUUCUCGGGCGAGAGCCUCGACCUCGUCAGCGCCGGCAUCCUCGUCAGCCAGUACCUCAUCUACUUUGGGCGCAAGACGGAGAGCUGGCUCACCUCCAGCUUUGCCAUCCGCAUGGCGCAGGCGCAAGGCAUGCACAUCGACGGCGAGAUCUGGGGGCUGCCGGCACGCGCCCUCGAGACGAGACGCCGCCUGUGGUGCAAGCUGUACGCCCUGGACCGGUCCGUCGCCCUCGCGGUCGGCAGGCCGUACACGAUCCACAGCAAGCACUGCAUGGAAAUGGAUGUCAAGAAUGUGUGCAUCGACGACAUCGCCGCCGACGAUGUGGACUCGGUCGCGCGGGAACUGCCCCUCAGCUCGCCGACGCGCAACGUGUAUUACAUGUACCAGCAGCGUUUGUCGACCAUACUCGGCGACAUCCACGACGAAUGCUUCGGCAUCUCGUCCCUGUCGGGCUCAUACAGCACGUACGAAAAGGUCCUCGGCCUGGAUCAGGUUCUCCUCGACUGGGCCGAGUCCCUGCCGCCCUAUUUCAGGCUCGACGACCCGGACCAGUCUCUCGACGCAGGCAGGCCCUACCUCUACUGGCAGCGCAUCUAUCUGCACUCGGGCUACCACUUCGCCCGCGUCACGCUGCACAGAAAGUACGUGCUCCUCGUCUCCAUCACGGACCGUUUCCAGCACAGCCGCGACGCCUGCAUCAGCUCCGCCUGCGCGGAUCUGAAGCUCAAGCUCGGCUUCCGCCACCUCAGCAUGGCAAGCAGGCUCAUGGCCGGCGGCGCCAUGCACAACCUGUUCAACAGCGCCCUGGUACUGGCCGUCAUCGCCGUCCGCGAGCCCUUGCUGCCGCGGACCGCCGCCAUCGUCGAGGACCUGUCGGCGUACUGCGAGAAGCAGCGGACGGAUCCGUGGGUCAACGCGUUUGCCCUUGCCGAGGUCAAGGUGAUUGAGCUCUGCAUUGCCAGUGCCGUGAGGGCCCGGCAAGAAGGCAGGGCGGAGAGGCUCGCCACUACGACCGCCGUCGGCAACGGGCGUGGCAUGGAGGCCCAACACGCCCACGACCCGUUGGUGCAAGCCGUCAGCCCUCGCAUGCCGCAGCCACAGGCGGCCUCUCUGGGCAGCGGGCCGGGCGUCUCUGCAUCUUCGCUCGACUUUACCAUUGGAGCCGCCGACGGCUGGCUUGACACGUGGUUUGGGCUCACGCGUAGCUUUCAGGAGCCCAUCGACUACGACCUUUGGGAGGACCUCGUCGAAAACCUCGAAGCACACCCAUAGCUUCGUAGUCGCCGUACGACUUGGGAUGCAUUCUACUAUUGGGCAGAGCGAUGGAUGACAUGCAGCCAGCGCGUGAGCGUCUCCAAGCCUAGUCAGGGAGAUGCUUUGAUUGGAAAUCUGAAGGUAGAUCUAUCAACCACAGUCGAUUCUAACCUCGGUGGCAGCUGGUUCAUCUCCGGCUCCAGAGAUUCCAAGGCUCACGACUGAUCUAUUCAUUACACUGUCAAGUCCCUGGUCCCGGACUAAUGCAACACUGCACCGUU